AUGGCGGCCGUCACACGUCAUUUUUGCCGGUCAGGUGUUCUCACUGGAAGAUUUCAAAUCCAAUGCCUGGACGGCGGCCGCGCAGGGCCAUGCCACUUCCGGCUCCUCCCACCUUACGACAUCCCAUUGGUUGGAGUGGUGCGAAUGACGUCAUCAGCCCGCGCUCUCUCUCUUUCUGUGUCUACGCCGCCCGCGAGUCUCCUCCAUCCCCGCGAGGUGAGGGGCCCGGACCCGGGCGGGCAGGGGGUCGGGGUGACCCAGGGAUGGGCUGGUCACGGGGAGCGGGAGGGGGAGGUUUGGGAAAGGCUCCGGGUGAUGGGCUGUAACGGAGAGCGAUUAUAGGGCUGGGAGCUCGGGGUGGAGCGGAUACCAACCCCAUCCCCCCCCACACCGGGCUGACUGUAACCGCACGGGAAACGGCAGGCUCGGGACUGGCCUAAUAACAUCGGGGAGAUUGGUAAUAAUAGGGAUAAUUCCAGACUCGGGACUGGCCCCAUAACAUUGGGGAGAUUGGUAAUUAGAGUGAUAAUUCCAGGCUCGGGACUGGCCCAAUAACAUCGGGGAGAUUGGUAAUUAUAGUGAUAAUUCCAGGCUCGGGACUGGCCCAAUAACAUCGGGGAGAUUGGUAAUAAUAGGGAUAAUUCCAGACUCGUAACAUCGGGGAGAUUGGUAAAUAGUGAUAAUUCCAGGCUCGGGACUGGCCCAGUAACAUCGGGGAGAUUGGUAAUUAGAGUGAUAAUUCCAGGCUCGGGACUGGCCCAAUAACAUCGGGGAGAUUGGGGGAGAUUGGUAAUUAUAGUGAUAAUUCCAGGCUCGGGACUGGCCCAAUAACAUCGGGGAGAUUGGUAAUAAUAGUGAUAAUUCCAGGCUCGGGACUGGCCCCGUAACAUCGGGGAGAUUGGUAAUUAUAGUGAUAAUUCCAGGCUCGGGACUGGCCCAGUAACAUAACAUCGGGGAGAUUGGUAAUUAUAGUGAUAAUUCCAGGCUCGGGACUGGCCGAAUAACAUCGGGGAGAUUGGUAAUAAUAGUGAUAAUUCCAGGCUCGGGACUGGCCCCAUAACAUCGGGGAGAUUGGUAAUUAUAGUGAUAAUUCCAGGCUCGGGACUGGCCCAGUAACAUCGGGGAGAUUGGUAAUUAUAGUGAUAAUUCCAGGCUCGGGACUGGCCGAAUAACAUCGGGGAGAUUGGUAAUAAUAGUGAUAAUUCCAGGCUCGGGACUGGCCUAAUAUAAUCGGGGAGAUUGGUAAUUAGAGUGAUAAUUCCAGGCCCGGGACUGGCCGAAUAACAUCGGGGAGAUUGGUAAUAAUAGUGAUAAUUCCAGGCUCGGGACUGGCCUAAUAACAUCGGGGAGAUUGGUAAUUAGAGUGAUAAUUCCAGGCUCGGGACUGGCCUAAUAACAUCGGGGAGAUUGGUAAUUAGAGUGAUAAUUCCAGGCUCGGGACUGGCCUAAUAACAUCGGGGAGAUUGGUAAUUAUAGUGAUAAUUCCAGGCUCGGGACUGGCCCAAUAACAUCGGGGAGAUUGGUAAUAAUAGUGAUAAGGGCGGGCUCGGGACUGGCCCAAUAACAUCGAGGAGACUGGUAAUAAUAGUGAUAAGGGCGGGCUCGGGACUGGCCAGUUUACAUCGGGGAGAUUGGUAAUAAUGGCAAGCUCGGGACUGGCUGGCUAACAUUGGGGAGAUUGGUAAUAAUAGUGAUAAGGUAUGGCUCAGGACUGGCCAGCUAACAUCGGGGAGAUUGGUAAUAGUGAUAAGGGCAGGCUCGGGACUGGCAUCGGGGGCAGAUUGGUAAUAAUAGUGAUAAGGGCAGGUUCCUGACUGGCAUCGUGGGGAGAUUGGUAAUAAUAGUGAUAAGGGCAGGCUUGGGACUGGCCAGCUAACUUCGGGGGGAGAUUGGUAAUAGUGAUAAGGGCUGGCUCAGGACUGGCCAGUUAACAUUAGGGAGAGAUUGGUAAUAGUGAUAAGGGCAGGCUCCAGACUGGUUAGCUAACAUCGAGGAGAUUGGUAAUAAUAGUGAUAAUGGCACAGACUUACCUGCGCGUGUAAUCUCACGGAGAUGGGGGGACACUAAUUUAUGGGUGUUUGCGGGUAAUACUGUUAUAGAGAUUGGGCAGUAAUAUCGCAGGAGAUGUUGCGAGAUGGAGGUGUAUCAUGGGAGAUAAAGCGAUCUGGUUGAGAUAAGUGGGGUUGACCUAGUAAUAUUUGAGUGGGGUGGGGGGGCAACAGGUGGGGAUUUUAGAUGUUUUACUUUGGGUUGACUAAUUAUUGCCAAGGAAGAACUUGAAUAGUAAUCUUGGUUCCUUGGAGUGAACUCUAGCAAGGCACUAGAUAUGUUAACAUGUAAUGAUAUGUACAAAUGAUACUCCAGAAAUGAUGCAGACUUAAUACACUGACUAUUAUGAUGGUUUCAGUAUUCAUACUGUCUGAUCUGGAGUGUAGAUUAAAAUGCUUGUCUUUGAACUAUUUUAGGUUAGUUUGGGCAAUGCAACCAGCCAUUCCUGUUGCAAUACUAAGUGUUACUGUGGGUUGUGAUCACCAGAUGUUGUAGAACUACACCUUCCCAUGAUGCUUUGAAUGCAUUUAGAAUGGCAGAGCAUCAUGAAAGCUGUAGUUUUAAAACAUGUGAAGAUCUACCUUUUGGGCACCGCUGAUGUAGGGCACGGUUUCAGUGAUUGCUAACAUCUGGUAUACCAGAUGCUGAAAGACUACCGUUCCAAUAUAGAACACAAUGAUUUUUAAAACCUGCUGUUUUUGUGACAUCUUCUGGUGUUUAAUACGAUUCACUGCAGAUGUUACAUUUUGACAUUUAAAUAUAAUUUGUGCUUCCUUUUUUGUGUUAGUUGUCAUUAAAAUUAGCUUGCGUAGCAUUGCUCAGUCUUACGCCAAUGCUCUGUCAUAGGGAAAACUGCGUCAGAACACUAGUUGCACCAUAUGCAGUGUUAAAGCAUAUCAUUCAAAGGCCGUGCUCAUCUGACAUCUUCCAAUUGUUAUGACUAACUUUGGCACUUUUGAAGUGAUUUAAAUGUAGUAGGGCAGAGUAUGACCUAAUCUUGUUGUAACAUUGCUUAUGACUCUCUCUUUCUCAGUUAGUAGUUGUCGCGAUGGACUGGCGCCCAGAUGAGGAAGGAUUGCAGCAGGUCCUUCAGCUGCUUAAAGACUCGCAGUCACCAGACACAGCCACGCAGCGGGUAGUCCAGGAUGUAUCCUUUAAAUUACAUUUUUUCAAAAGACCCAUUUUUAUUUACAGAAAUUGAAGGGACAGUCUAAGCAACACAAUCACUAACCUUAAAGGGAAAGUCCAGGCACCAAAACAACUUCACCUAAAUUAAGUUAUGGUGCCAGGAAUCCCUCCAGUGCCGAUCUCCACCUCUCCCGGGAGAGUGAAGGGCGCCACUCCGCACUUCAUAAAACUGCUCCUGUAGCCUUGCAAAUGAAAACAGAGUUGUUUACUACAGUGAACAUUUUCAUAAAUUCAAAUCCAAAAUACAUGGAUUGUAAAAAUUCUUAGUCUGCUCUGAUUCCAGUUCUGCUAUUUUGGUCUAAAAUUCUACAUUCAGUUUUAAUUUUCAUCAAUUCUCACUUUAUUAAAUAACUCUGAGUGUAAUUUGUGAGGCACUGUUUGUAUAUUGCCAUUUCGACAUGUACUGGUGGCUAUCAGACUUAUAUAUUCGUGUAAACAUGAAAAGUUUAGUGAAUAAACCCAUGUCAUUUCAUUUUAUUUUUUUAAUCUUUUUAUGAAUACUGUACUUUUCACCUUUUUUUUUGUUUUUUUGUCUUCUGUGAAAUCUGAAGACAGAAAUUUGCAACUAUUAUCGGCAUUUAUAUAACUACAACCUUUCCCACAGUGCUUUAAAAAUCUUUCAAAGUGGGAAAGAAUAACCAUAUAUGAGACAAUUUAAGAUUGAGAACCCUGCUCGGACAAGCUAGGGGUAUUAUUCAGUGACACACUGUGUGCUAUAGAGUUUUAAAGUUAUACCAUAGUGCCAGGAAUAUAAAGCUGUAUUCCUGGCACUACAGAUCACUCUGCCUCCCUCCCCAGUAAAUAAAGGGUUAAAAACAAUAACAAUAACAGCAGGGUUUAAAAAAAGACUACUUCAAUGAGCUGGGUGGGGGGUGUAGUUUAGUUUAUAUAUUAUGGAAGCCUGUGCUAAUAUUUAAGACCCAUGUAAUACCAUAUGAACUGUAGGGUUUUUAUGCUCUUUUUUUUUUUUUUUAUAAUUCUUUAUUUUUCAAUGACAGUGAAAAAAGUAUUGCACUAUGCAGUCAUAUGGCUUACGCAGAAGCCGCACUGUGGUUACAAUACAGGUCAAAUGUUAUCAAAAGGAGGUAUAUGCGGUGUUCGUAUCAUUUCAUGUGCAUCAAUUGCAUUUGGGAUCUGGCUGUCAUUGGUUUUGUCAGAAUUAUACACAGAUAGACAUAAGUAAAAGAAAAAGAACAAGAACAGUCUAACGGUGAUGUAAGAACUUGGCUAACGUAUCGGUUCAUUGUGUUGGAUUUACCAUCUAGUUGUGAUGGUUUGUCUUUUUACCUUCCCUAUUUGUGUUUCAUUUUACUCAGUAUAGUGUGGUACAUAUAAUGUGGGGUAUGGGGGACAAAAAUUAAGUUGCUGGGGGGUUGCACAGUUAUACAAUGGUUCAUUUCCAUCCAUCCCUCUCUCUGCGAUGGCAAUUACCCAGAUGCCUAUUGCAUAUGUAAGGAUGACCCGAGCUGGGGUCAGAUAAAGUGGUCAGAACCGGUCUCUGUCACUCCUUUUAUGCUCUUAAUAUCUCUGUGUAGAGAAUACAGUAGGUAUGACAGAGCUUCACAAUUACCCAGUUUGUGUAUUUGUAAAAAAAAAUUUUUUUUUCAUGUUUUGCCAAAUUGCCACCAAUAUUUAAACAGUCUACAUUUGAGUAUAGUGCCCAUCUAGAUUACGUAUCUGUAUUUUAUUUAUGUGCAGCACUGAAUAUUGUUUGCUGCACAUACCACCUCUCACAGGAACUAACUGCUAGACUCCCGUCCUUUACUGGGUGUGUAUUUACAGUUCCUUUUUGUGAAAUCGAUUGAUCAAUGGAAAACCUUAUCUCCCUUGGGUGAAGAUCAGAGUUUUUGCUCCUCGUUCCCAGGAGCGCUACAGUACUGAAAUAUAGUCUGUACCAUUUAUACCAAUAUCUGUAAAACAUGCACUAUAUAACUUGCAAAAAUAUGAUUUAUGACCCACUCUGUGACAGUUUGUCCUAGAAUGAUGGUUAACGUUCUGCUCUCACAUGAUCACUAUGUUCUGUUCUUUCCUGCCUCAGAUAUUGCUGGCAUUAAUAUGCGUCCCAUCUUUAGUCCUUUUAUAUGCUACUUUACUUGUUUGCCUAUCUGCCCUUAAUAUUGCCUCAUGCCCACAAUCAUAAACACAGUGCUUUCCUUAACCCAUUCUCAGAAAUUAAAACAUUUGAACCAGUAUCCAGAUUUCAACAACUACUUAAUCUUUGUGCUGACGCGGCUCAAGUCUGAAGGUUUGUAUAAGGGUGAUGAGCAGGUAGCUGGAACUCAAUCUGGCUUCCUCCUGGCAAAACACCAUGGGACAUGUGACCAAGCAAGCAUUAUGGGAGAUUGGAUUAGAUCUGCUAUAUAUUUUGUAACCGUUUUUUACUCUACAAAAUAACUGCAUAUAAAAAAAUGCUUGCAAACUCUUGAUUAUAUGUAAUAAGGUCUUUUUAUUUGCUACAUAUACUGACGUAUAUAUUCAUACCAGUAAAAAGAUCAUUUUUCUUUGCAUUCUCUGCAUGCUGUAUUGGCAUCACCUAACUACAGAAAACAAAAGGCUCACUUCCCUCAAUUUUUAAUAUUCUGUUUAUAUGUCCCUAUAUUUAAUAAACCUGUAUUCUUGUGAUUGUAGGGAAAUGUUCUAGGUGAGUUUCAGUGUUUUAUUCAAUAGGGCAAUUUCCAGAGAAAUGGAGCCAGGGCACACACUACUAUUAAGGAGGAGAAAUAAGAUCUAUGCUGACUGCCAGGUACAAAGGGCAGAGCAAUGAUUGGCAGGGACCUUAGAUGGAAAUGCCCAGUUGCAGACCUUUAUUUUCAAAUUUUAAUAUAUAUAUAUAUAUUUUAUCCUUGUGAUUAUCGGUUUUAUUUUUAAAUUCAUUUGAAAGAUUUAGUAAAUUACACAGGAACCAGGGCACACAUUAGAAGGAAAAACAGAAACCUGGUUGAAUUCUUCCUCUGCUCCAUGUGCUUUUUCUGUUCAGAUUACGUCAUCGUAUUCUGUAUUAAGUUUCCCUUUAAUCCAUAAUAUCACAUAAAGCUAAAAUAUGUAAUUGUUUACAGUAAUCAGUAAUAUAUAUACUUACUUAAUGAAGUGUGGAUUUUUUACUCUACUCCAUUAUGCAAGUCCCAUCAUUGUGCUGUCUUCAUGGGCGUCCCAUUACUGUAAAACCCAACCACCACCUUCGCCUUCCUGUGGUGCUCCAAACAGGGCACAGCUCCGAUAACCUAAUGCCAAUGUGCUGGUUUCAUUGAUAUAAAUGGCAAUAAUAAUAAUUGACAGCACAAAAGCAUCAUAAAGUAUUAGUAAGUAUUCACUAUUGCUUGUUUGGGCAGUGGGUACAGAUCCUGCAAUUCUGCUAGCACUAUGUAUAAAUUCAGUUUUAUGCCGUUUAACGUGAGUUAAAGUUUGUGUACCAUGAGAGGUAUACCUGAUGAGCAGAAGUUAUUGUCUGGAUUACUUAUAUUGACAUUUUGUAGAUGAGCCAACACGAUCCCUGAGUGGUUUGAUCCUGAAGAACAAUGUGAAGGCCCAUUAUCAGAGCUUCCCUCAACCAGUGUCUGAAUUUAUCAAGCAGGAAUGUCUGAACAGCAUUGGCGAUUCUUCUUCUCUCAUCAGAGCAACAAUUGGUGAGUGAGCGUCCCUCUCGAUGCCAGGCAGUGCACACAGUGUGCUCAUUGCUUCAUGAGAUUGCUGGUUAUACUUGGAGCGUGGAUGGUAGUCUCCUGGAGGUGAUGCAGAUAUUGAUACCUGAUGUCAACUGAAGGUUAUCGUAUUCAUACUGUCUGAUCUAGUGAGACAAAAGUUUUCUGGUAUCCUAGGGUUCAUGUUUCAGAAGAAGAUCUUUAAAGUGUAGCACUAAGUCAGCAUUUCACAUCUUGGUACUUCUCUAAAGGAUCUCUAUUUGGACUUGGUGUGCUGAGCCAGUCAUUGCUUUGUUCCUAUCUUAUCUGGGUUCUGGAACCAGGAUUCCUGGGUUUCGAGAUUCUACAUUGAUUUUAGUACACACUGCUGUCCACAUUCUGUGAUCAGAGUACUGCUUUCAGUGAUCGGGAUGCCGCUUUCUGUGGCCCACAUUAAUCGGUGAUCUCGAUUUCCAUUUCCUUUAAGGUAUACUUAUUACUACCAUUGCAUCGAAGGGUGAACUGCAGACCUGGCCAGAGCUCCUUCCUCAGCUAUGUAACUUGCUGAACUCUGAAGAUUACAACACGUGUGAGGUAUGUUCUGACCAGUCAUGUGUUUGUUUUUUCUCCAGUACUCUGUCAGGAGUUAGUAAUUUCAAAACGUAGUGAAGAGAAAUAUUGAAAAAAACUUUCAAACUAAACUGAAUUUCUAGUUUGUGUAGUUUGGCUUAAAAUGUUCAGUUACCUCAACUGUCCUCGGCAAUUGACUAUUUAUUGAAUAACCCCGUCUAUAAGGAGAACUGCUAUAGAAUAUGAUGGUUCUUAUUAUAAAUAGUCAGGAAUCUAUUUUGUCUGUUUGCUGUGUCUGUAGGGUGCGUUUGGGGCUCUGCAGAAAAUCUGUGAAGAUUCCUCUGAACUCCUUGAUAGUGAUGCGCUCAACAGGCCCCUCAACAUCAUGAUCCCUAAAUUCCUCCAGUUUUUUAAGCAUUGCAGUCCCAAAAUCAGGUGGGUUUAAACAGUGUCCUUACAAUACCUUCUAUAAGUAUGUGAUACCCCAUAGCCAGUGUGACAAGUCCUGUUCUCUCCUCUCCCAGGUCUCAUGCUAUUGCCUGUGUCAAUCAGUUUAUCACAGAUCGAGCGCAAGCACUCAUGGAUAAUAUAGACACUUUUAUUGAGGUGAGUUCCAUGGAUGAUUCCCAGGUAAAAGGAGUGAACUGUCAUGGUUGUGGAAAGUACACAAUUCGAUAAAACACUGAAAAUUACCUGUAACUUGCGUUAACCUUUCUUCUUCAUGUGAUGCUCUAUUUUCUUGUACAUUUAUAUAAUUUAUGCUAAUUAAAGUCAGUCCAGGCACAGCCUCGUCACUCAUUGCAAAUAAGGAGCAAAAAGAGACGCACUGUUUGAAUUCUACUCUUCUCUGUGUGCUGAUUGCCAGGUUAAAGAACCAACACUUAUAACAAUGAUUGACAUGGAUGUGGUGUAUUUCUAGAUUUCAUUUAAUAUAGAAGAUAAGUAAACUUUAUGAAAAAAAACAAACAACAUUGGAAGUGACCGUUCCUCUUUAAAUGAUAUGGAGAUGAUGCAGAAUCUACUUGCCUGAUGUACUGUGAAGGGCCAAGUAUUCAUACUGUCUGAUCCACACCUUUAAUGCGGAGGACACCCUUGUUCAGUUGUUCUGGGGUUGUUUUUUUUUUUUUUCUUCCUGGUCUGUUGUGGGUUGUAAGUAUUCUGCAUUUUGAUUUACAUUGCAGCACCUUUUUGCCCUGGCAGUGGAUGAAGACCCUGAGGUUCGGAAGAACGUUUGCCGUGCUCUGGUCAUGUUGCUUGAGGUCCGAAUAGACCGGCUACUGCCUCACAUGCACAGCAUAAUCCAGGUAUUGAACACUGGUUCUGUCCGCUGCUUGAGAUGGCACCCUACUCUCUCCUUGUGAGACGCUUGCAAUACUUAUUGUUCCUCUUCUCCCCAGUAUAUGCUGGAAAGGACGCAGGACAGCGAUGAGAACGUAUCACUGGAAGCCUGUGAAUUUUGGCUAACCUUGGCAGACCAGCCUAUCUGCAAGGAUGCCCUCGCUAAUCACCUCCUGCAGUGAGUACAACACACUUUGUAUAUUCUUGUACAGAUUAAUACCAAUUCAGUACAUGGAGUAUGGCAUGAAGGUGGUCUUUCUCUUCCUUUGUAGAUUGAUUCCAAUCUUGGUGAAUGGGAUGAAAUAUAAUGAGAUUGACAUAAUACUACUGAAGGUAAGGUUUCUGACAAUACGGCUUACGUGCAGUGUGCUCUUACUAACAAUGUUUCAGAAUGUAUUGGGGAGGGGAGCUUUAGUCUCUGACAGUAUUAUUUACUAAAGUGGAAAUUGUUAGGUAAUCCAAACUAAUUCAAAGGGAAUUUUAACUUUAAGGGCAAAAUAGCUGAAUUGGAAAUAUUCUCCAAGGCAUUUAUACUUCCAACAAUUUUCACUUUACUGAAAAACCCUGUAAGUUGAAUAUUGGUUGGUUUUCUUGACAUUCUUUAUUUUGAAUGUGCAGGUAUUCAUACAUAAAUUGACCAUGACAUUUGGUGUGAAACAAAGCAAAAUUUGAGGCUGCUAAUUAGAACAUAGAAUGUCAUGAGUAACAUUCUUGAUAUAAAAAAAGUGAGUAGGUGAAGCAUGUGUAGUUAGAAAUAAAAAUCAGUUGAGUGCUAUAAAAUCAAGCAUUAUGCAGGAGUCAACCACAGGUAAAUGAGCAGAGGUGAAGUCCAAACGUUUGGGGUUGCCACAGUGUACCAGAAGGCUGAUAGGAACCGCCUGCGCUCUCAUCUGAUACACGCCUUGCGAGAAGACUGCUGGGCUCUUGGGAGAGGGUUCGUAAUCCUCUGUGCAGCAUGGUUUGCUUAUUUGAGACUUCAAAACUGAGAAUCUCCUGGCCUCACCGGCAGCUGCCAACUAGGGAGAAGUGGUUAACUGAGCAGAUUUGCUUGGAGGGCUUGAGGUGCGGGCAGGUGAGGUGCUCCCGUGGUUCAAAGGUACACUGACCUGGUGUCUGUACAUUGCUGCUUUGCCUCUAUGCUGGCCCAAAAUCCUGCCAAGAUGAGAUCCAGCUUAGCACCCCUCCCCCACCGUGAGUUGAAUAUUUCUAAAUCAGACGUUUUGCCUCUUAUUAUUAUUAUUAUUAUUAUUAUUAUUAUUAUAAUAUUUUUAGGAUUUUGUGUCCUUUUAAAAGCUUAUCCAAAAUUAUUAAAUCGAAGCCUUAAUUUGCAAAAAUGUUGUGUUUAAUGAAUAACCCUGUUAGAAGGGGGAAAAAAGGGGUUCGUUGAGUAAAGAUGAAAUAUAGUGAGAAGUGGAGUUAGUGAAAUCUUUGUAGUUUAAAUUGGAUCCUGAAGGGUACAGGAAGUAAUGAGUGCAUGCGUUUAAAAAUAUUGUGCGCAUAGCACACCCUUUUCUAAGUGGGAACUGCAGGGUUUGAAGACAGACAUGUGAGGAAAAAAAGUUAAGAUCUGACUCAAAAGUAACACUAAGACAGCGAGCUUGAGAGUUAGGGCAAUAGGUGUUUAAGGGGGAAAAGAUUAAGUUUUAGAAAACUGUUAAACAUCCAGUUAGUGAUGGAAGAGAGGCAGCUAGUGAUGUUUUUGGAAAGCAGAAGAAAGGUCGGGGAGGAGAGGUAAAGCGGAGUAUGGUAAGUAAAUUCAAAGGAGUUAAUAAGGUUACAGAGAGAGGGAGUGUCGGUAAAAAUGACCAACAGGUCCUUGGGGGACGCCAGCUGAGACAGGCAGCAGGUAGGAGAUGACAUUUGAGGAAGAGACACUAAAUGAGCAUUCAGAAAGAUAGAAUGAAGACCAGGAAAGCACAGUGUUAUGGAGUCCAAGGUUGUGUGGCGAGUAGACAACAUUAUCAAAGACAGCUGAGAGGUCUAGGAGAAUAGGAGUACUGACCUUUAGAUGAUUCUGUCUCUGCCAGGGGGAUGUGGAGGAGGAUGAGACUGUGCCGGACAGUGAGCAGGACAUUAAGCCACGGUUCCACAAGUCUCGCACAGUGACACUGCAGCACGAGGAAGAUCGUGCAGAAGGUGAUGAUGAUGCAGAUGACGAGGACGAUGACGAUGAUACAUUGUCUGACUGGAAUUUGAGUAAGUGUUGGUGAUGAAGUGUGAGGGGGAUAUACAACUGAUUGCUCAAUCUCUGGAAAUGAUGCAGACUUGUUUACUUGAUGCUCACUGAUGGUUCUUGUAUUCAUACUGUCUGAUCCCAGAGAAGAGUCCAUGUUAGAGAAUAUGUAGGUGUUGUCUCAGUUUACUUGUCACUUAUUUAUUUUACCCUCUCAUCUUGUAGGAAAAUGUUCUGCUGCUGCUCUCGACGUCCUUGCCAAUGUGUUCCGGGAGGAGUUGCUCCCUCACCUUCUGCCUCUUCUGAAAGGUCUCCUUUUCCAUCCCGAAUGGGUCAUAAAGGAGUCAGGAAUCCUGGUCCUUGGGGCAAUUGCUGAAGGUAACGCAUCCUCUAAUUUACCCUUAUGGCUUCUUUGAGCUUGGAGUGGAUUUAGUGGCUUUUUCAAAGUGCCCACCCGUGUACAUUUUCUCCAAGUUCUAUUCUUCUUGUUUCCAGGUUGCAUGCAGGGAAUGGUUCCUUACCUCCCAGAACUUAUCCCUCAUUUGAUCCAGUGCUUGUCUGAUAAGAAGGCAUUGGUCCGCUCCAUUGCCUGCUGGACACUGAGCCGAUAUGCCCAUUGGGUCGUCAGUCAACCUCCUGACCUCUACUUGAAGCCGCUAAUGACGGAGCUUCUCAAACGCAUCUUGGACAGCAACAAGAGGGUGCAGGAGGCAGCUUGCAGGUAGUAAUCAGUUCAGGUUGCUAGUCUUUUUAAAUUUAUCUAUCUUGCUUUCUAAGGCAUGUGUAUGUCUGUAUAAUCUCACACUCCAUAAAACAUUUUAUUUGCAUGUUAUGUUGUUGUUGUUGUGCGCCUUUGAUGUUAUUUACUGAAGUUCUUUAGCUGGUGCGCAAACAAAGUUCUAAUUGCUUUUAUAAAAAUACAAAUAUUUUUAUCUCGGUGUACCCUAUUAAUUCUUCCUCUGCAGAAUAGAAUGUUUAGUAAGUGACAUUUUAUUUUUUUACCCUGUUAGUGCUUUUGCUACGUUGGAAGAAGAGGCCUGCACAGAAUUGGUUCCGUACUUGAGCUUCAUAUUGGAUACGUUGGUGUUUGCAUUUGGGAAAUACCAGCACAAGAAUCUUCUGAUCUUGUAUGAUGCGAUUGGGACGCUGGCAGAUUCUGUGGGACACCAUUUAAAUCAACCUGUAAGAAAUAAUUUUUCUUCUUGAGCAUGGCCGCUGCCAAUGACAUUGUAUAAUUACACUGUUUUCCUUGGUGACUUGGGCAUAAAGUAAUAGGUGAUCCAACAAAUAAAUGAGUAACCUUGAUACUGUAGUUGCUUGUGGCCCACAUUUUCCUGUUACUCGACAAGUACAGGAUCCUAGAACCUCAUUGUUGGCAAAGGCUUUUAGUAAAUGUGGUUUAUAAAUGUGUACAUUGCCAGGUUUGUCACUGUAGUAAAACAUUCCUCUGGAAGUGAUGCAGAUAUAUUGUGUGAAGUUUUCUGAUGAUUCUUUCUAUUCAUACUGUCUGAUCCAGAGUGUAAAACCAACACUGAGAGCAAUGCAGUGGGGAUGUCUGCUUCGGAGAGGAGACUCCGACAGGUCUAUCGUUUAAAGUGAUGGUCAAAGUAGUCAAACUGUAAAACUUUUCUAGAUCAGCUAUGCUUUCAAUUGGGCUACUGUGGCCUCAAAUUUGAAAUUCACUUUUAAUUCUAGUAAAUAACAUUCCGAGGUUCCAGUGCUUAAGAGGCUUUAGUCGCCCACAGCUGUAAUUUAAGGUUACAGCUCUUUGUGCUUAUUGCUGGUUAGAUGAGCUUGCGCUUUAUUGAAAAUGAAAAUGCCACAACACACUGUUUCACUAUGUCAUUGUAUGUAGAACAGAAGGGUGUGAUUUAUCGUACUGUGGCCUUAAAUGGUUUUAUGUGACAAACCCAACAUAAUGGUUCUGUCCUCUGUUUGUCCUUGAUCCAGGAGUACAUCCAAAAACUUAUGCCCCCAUUGAUCCAGAAAUGGAACGAACUGAAGGAUGAAGAUAAAGACCUUUUCCCCCUGUUAGAGGUAAGUCAAUUUGUUGCAGUACAGAUAGCAGUUUGGUUAAUGUUCCGUUUAAGCCUGUGCAUUGAUGGGGCAUGAUGCAGAACCAGAAAUAUGAGUUUCUCUAUGAAAGAUUUUUAUUCAUACUGUCUGACCCCUCUGUCACCAUAAUCUCGCACAGAAAUGUUAGUUUGAAUAAUAACAUUUUGCAUGUUGAUUGCUUCAUUGAAAUUUUUCCACAAUUUGUGUUUUUUCAUGUGAAGGCCAUUUACACCCUAUUAGCAAACUGACCUGUGCUGAUAAAUAGCCGCCACAUUUCUUUUGAGGAGUUCUUGAAUUGCUUGAGACAAGAUUUGUGAAUCACACCCUCCCCCCCCAUCCUUUGAUAUAUUUACCUGUUAGUAGAAAAUAUCCACUAAUGGAAGUUCUUGUCACAGUGCUUAUCGUCCAUCGCUACCGCUCUGCAGAGUGGAUUCCUUCCAUAUUGUGAGCCGGUCUACCAGCGCUGUGUCACCUUGGUUCAAAAGACCCUUGCCCAGGCCAUGGUGAGUAUUGCCCACAGGGCUAUUGGAUGACUAAUUCACAAAGCUGCCAUUUUAUAGUAGUUAAUCAACAAAGCAGGACAUAUCUAGUGGAUUAUUUGUUUGUCUUCUUGGCAGAUGUACAGUCAACAUCCGGAUCAGUAUGAAGCUCCAGAUAAGGAUUUUAUGAUUGUUGCCCUGGACCUCUUGAGUGGACUUGCAGAAGGACUUGGUGGACACGUGGAGCAAUUAGUAGCCAGGAGCAACAUCAUGACCCUUCUAUUCCAAUGCAUGCAGGUAGUAGAGAUGUUAUUGAAUUCAUAUCUCCUAAGAUUCGAUGGAUAGGGUAUUGAUCAUUGGUUUUAUGGCUCCCACUUAUGAUUUCCAUCCUUCUUCAUAGGACAUAAUGCCUGAGGUUCGACAAAGUUCAUUUGCUCUGUUAGGGGACCUAACAAAGGCCUGCUUCCUGCAUGUAAAACCAUGUAUCUGUAAGUGUUUGCUAAGUAUAUACUGGGAUCCUAGUAAUCUCUGUAUUUAUACAGCUCCUUUCUAUUACAUUAUACACAGUGCAGCCCCCUCUGGGGUGGGAUCCUAGUAAUUAUCUGUAUUUAUACAGCUCCUUUCUAUUACAUUAUACACAGCGCAGCUCCCUCGGGGAUGGGAUCCUAGUAAUAUCUGUAUUUAUACAGCUCCUUUCUAUUACAUUAUACACAGCGCAGUCCCCUCUGGGGUGGGAUCCUAGUAAUAUCUGUAUUUAUACAGCUCCUUUCUAUUACAUUAUACACAGCGCAGCCCCCGCUGGGGUGAUAUCCUAGUAAUAUCUGUAUUUAUACAGCUCCUUUCUAUUACACUAUACACAGCACAGACCCCUCAGGGGUGGGAUCCUAGUAAUAUCUGUAUUUAUACAGCUCCUAUCUAUUACAUUAUACACAGUGUAGCCCCCUCUGGGGUGGGAUCCUUGUGCAAUAUUAACAGCGCAGACCACAUUGAGGUGGGUUCUGAGAACCUAUGUAUUUAUACAGCUACUUUUAUUUCCUUUUGCACAUUAUAGCUGAAUUUAUGCCCAUUCUUGGCACCAACCUAAAUCCAGAGUUUAUAUCGGUCUGUAACAAUGCAACGUGGGCCAUUGGAGAGAUCUGCAUGCAGAUGGGUGAGUGACAGAGUUCUGCUCUGGGUUAUGAACACACAGUACAUAGCUAAGCACCUGGACUGCCAUUCAAAGUAGGAGAAUUUUCCUGAACGGGCUUGCUUUGUAUUUAACAGGGGCAGAAAUGCAGCCAUAUGUUCCGAUGGUUUUAAACAAUCUUGUGGAAAUUAUCAACCGGCCAAACACCCCUAAAACACUUCUGGAAAACACAGGUUUGCAUUUUUUACAUUUGUUUUACUUGUGAAUAUUUAACAUGUACUAACUGACUGACAAUUAACUGGUGUGGCAAUCAAUAGACCAUUCAGGAACAUUGAUAGUGGCUGCAACUUGUUUGUGUUUCUAAUGAAGGCAUGUAGUCAGAACUAGUAGUGGCAGUAAUAAGAUUAUCAUUAUUUUUUUUUUUCUUUAUUCAUUUUAAUCCACUGAUUCUCAUGCAUUAGUUCAGCCUUGUGAAUAUAGUACAAUGUUGCUUAUUUGUACUAACCAUAUAUUUGUAUAGCUCAACAGAUAACUGCAGAUAGAUGUUUUAUUUGUAUGUGUUAGGUCAGGGCUCGACAAAUCCCAGGUGCCAAGUCGCCAUGGUGACUAGAAAUUUUGGCUGGCCGGCUCAGGAAGCUGUAUAGUCGGCCGCCCACGGGAGCAUAGAGGCGGCCGGCUCCGGAAGCUUUUUAGCCGGCCACCUGCCUGACUGCGGGAGGCAUGGAAGCGGCAGGCUGCUCCCUCGCGCUGUGUAAUGGUGCCGGGAGCCGGAAUAUGACGUCCUUCCGGCCCCGGCAUCACUGCAGACAAUGUGAGAGGAGCUGCAGGAAGAUCACUGCUCCCUCGCACCCAGGAAUAUCAGCCCCACUGGACUUCAGGGAAAGUCCACUCACCUCUCCCAAAGGUAUAGAGGCUGGGUGGAAUAGAAUUAAAAAUAUAAAUGUGUGUGUUUCUGUCAAUGAGUCUGUGUGUGUCUGCAUGUAUUUAAGUGUAUGUGUGUCUCUGUCAGUCUGUGUGUGCGUGUGUCUGUUUAGGUACCUGCCCCGCUCCGAUCACACGAUUGGUGUUUUUACUUUUUUUCCCCACGACGUGCUGGUUUCGCUGUUGCUUGUCCCGCCUCCAUAGCUCAGAUCUUAAUGAUCUCAGCUAAGCCAAUGCUUUCCCAUAGAAAAAUAUUGGGAGGAUAUUACGCAUGUAAUAUCACAGGACUCUCACUAGAGCUCUUAGUAGGCAGCAAUGUAAACCCUGCCUUUUCUCUAAAAAGGUUACAGGUACAGUCUAUAGGCACCAAAACAACUACAUUAAUCUGUAGUGGUCCUGGUGACUAUAGUGUCCCAUAAAAAAAAAAAAACUGGCUCCUAACCUUUUUAGCUGUCUACUAGAUUCCAAACAAAUUUGUCAAGCCCUGUGUUAGGUCAUUGUCCAAAACACAUGUUAGAAAGAGACGAGAACAUGAUCUAUGUAUUGAAGGCCUCGUGUUUCUGUUUUGGUGCAUUGUGGGUGCUUACACUAUUAAAUUGGAUAUUGAAUAAUCUGGAGUCAUUGCUUGGUACUAAUUGGAUUAAUAAUUGUCAUUCACUGCUGUAUUCAAUCUGUGAAGGGACAUCUUAAACAUAGAAUGAUUUUAUUUUUUAAUUUUUAUGUGGUUACGUGGUUUCUCCUCUUCCUUUUGCAGCCAUUACGAUUGGGCGCCUGGGUUGUGUAUGUCCCCAAGAAGUGGCACCCAUGCUUCAGCAGUUUAUCAGGCCCUGGUAGGUCUCUAGAGUAAUCAGUGUGUACUAGACAUCUGCUUUGUGUCUGUCACUCUAAUAUAUCUGUCCUCCCCCUUAUCAUUCUGCUCUCCAUUAAUCUGUCAAUUUUCCUGUCUUUAGGUGCACGUCACUACGCAACAUCCGUGACAAUGAGGAAAAAGACUCUGCCUUCAGGGGGAUCUGUAUUAUGAUUGGAGUUAACCCAGGAGGUGUAGUGCAGGUAUAGAAAGGUUUUGUCUUAAAUUCAACAUUUGUACUGUACUGGUAACCAUGCGAUGGUAGAAGACGAGAGCUGUCUGAGACGUCCUAUUAUUUUCUAGAGAUUUAAAAAAAAAAAAUGUAUUCAUUAUUAUGAGUAAACACAGUGAAGGUACUUUAUUUUAGCACAUUGUGUGCUCUUCCAUCCUGAGUGUUCUCCUCUCAACAUUGUUUGUGCACAUACACAUCAUGUAAAAGAUAUUCUUGGAAAAGUUGCCAUUUGGCAAUUGAUAUUUGGUAUAACUGUUAAUUAUCCUUCCUUGGGUAUGUGCACGAUCGUGUUAAGGAGUGUUUCAAUCUGCCAGCGUUGAUACAAUUCCAAACAAGGUUAAGCCUUUCCACUGCAACCUCCCAGGAAUACACUUGACAUUUUUAUGAAUAGAAAACCCCCUCAGUAUUGUGAAAGCAAUAUAAUUUAUUGAGGAUCCUAUAAAGCAUCUCGGAUGCAUAAAUACAGACAGACUAAAAAUAAUGCAGCCAUAGUCUGGCGUGUUUCACCCAUGUAAGUGUAAUCCUAAACAUUGUAGAAGUGGAUUUCCAAUGAGUUGCAAUGCAGGAAAUUAUGUAGAGAAUGACAGAGGGUAGAGUUCAUAAAGUUAUAUUAUUACAAGGUCAAGAAAUGUGUACAUUAAAUGAUAUUUAAUACAGUUAACUCCAUCGUGAAGUCCGUAGAUGUGCAGACAGCUGGUUGAAGAGGCAUUUACACCUUUCAUAUCGUGUGGGUGUAUGUAAAGCAUUGACAUACAGACCGCAGCCCUUCUGGAUGGGUCGCUAUGUUCCCAGCUGACAUUAUAAAAAAUGAAAAUUUGUGUUUUUUUUACAUUGGUUAGCAGUUUGUCUACAACUUUAUAUAGAUGCAAUUUUAUGCACUGUAAAAAGACAUCAAGUUCUGCUUGGCAUGCCAGGUGCAUUUUAACCUCUUCCCACUCAAACGAUUCAAUAAUUUCUUAGUGGGUUGCUUUUAAUGUCUAGGUUUACCGGUGGAAAUGGAAAGGUGUUUACAUUGGUACGUCACAAAAGGCUUGGGUUUACCUACACGUAUCUCUUCCUUUUCAGGACUUUAUCUUUUUCUGUGACGCGGUCGCAUCGUGGGUCAGUCCGAAGGAUGAUCUCCGAGAUAUGUUCUAUAAGGUGAGGCAUUCAGUAAAAUGGUAUUAUGCUUUGCCAUAGGGAAAAGGAUUUUGUUUAAAAUAAAUGUUGUUGUAGAUGUGAUUAAGGUAUAAAAAAACAAUCACCUGUGUAUUUAUACCAUGGUGAGCAUCCAUCUUACUGAAAACAUCUAGCAUCAAAGCACUAGAAACUUUUAGAACGAACUGGUAGGAGGAUGCCAGGGGACUCCAGACACUAGAACCACUAGAAUACCUUCGUGACAAAUACAACUUAAUCUUAAAUAACAGAUAAUCCGAUCUCAUCAGAAAGAUAGCAAAUGUCUAAUCAGAUUGCUAGUAAAUGUCUAGAUUUUUCUAAAUUCGGAGGUGGAGAUAAAACAGCCCUUUCACUGCCUAUCAGUCUAUUCGGCGUGGAGAGAUACUGCCAGAAUGAUUUCUUGCAGCAACCUUGGACAGACAACCUGAUAAUGGAGAGCGAAAGAUCAGUACGGUUUUUAUUAACAAAAGCCUAUAUAAAGUGUUGAGGGCUUUUAACCUGUUCUGGGAAGCUUGUCUGUGGUCUCCAAACUGGAUUAUGUUGGAGAGUUGUCUUACAGCAGAUGUAACACCGACUGAAAACAUGAUUUGUACUGUCAGCCAGACACAGGGGUAAUUGAAAUAAGUUAAAAUACAACAGUGUGUUCGUAUUAAGGAAAGAAACACUUAAUUGUAUAACACGCGUCAAGCCAGAUGGUUAGAAAACUGUAAACUUAUAUCUGUCAUGACAGGUCACUUUAAAUGAGAUGACGCAGUGCGUUGAGACAAAGUGAGGACUAUUUUCUGUUUAGUCCCUAUGAAAAAGGAAAAAUGGAUAUACAUGUACUUUUGGUCAUUUAAAAACCUUUUUCUUUGGGUGUAAGACCAUAUCCCAGUGCUUGUUAGUAAAUAUCACUUGGGCGUUCGCUGUAUGCUUGAUCAGUUUUGUGGAAGUGGUGAUGAUGGCAGUAUUCUGGUUUUCCCUUUCAGAUUUUGCACGGUUUCAAAGAGCAGGUAGGGGAGGAAAACUGGAACCAGUUCUCCGAGCAGUUCCCUCCGCUGCUGAAGGAACGUCUGGCUGCAUUCUAUGGGGUUUAAAGCAAGCAGAAGAGGAUCUACGCAAACCCAGCAUGGGAGGUUAGUUAACUUGAGAAUUAAAAUGCAAACCUAAACUAUGUACCUAGGGGACUGAAGGAAACUGCGCCUUCCAAGUGCUUCCUGUGCCCCCACUGUCUGUAUUGAUUGCAGCUAGCCUGUUAUUGGCUGCCCUGUUCUGACUUGCUAUUGGUGAGAGAUUGUGUCAGUCAACGAACAGUGCACGCGUUUGCUGAAUCCGCACAAAUCAGAAUAGAGCGACCACUAACAAACCUCUUUCACAGAGCUUAAUACUUACACUGGCUAACACUGGUAUGGAGGAGACGGCCAUAGGAACAUGGCUUAUUAAGGAUAAGGUUGCAUAUUUUAUUGAUUACUUCUCUUUUGUCUCAAGAGUUUAUAUAAAACUGUCUUAAUGGUGGAGCUGUAAACAGUUACAUUUAUUUAGUAGUCUUAACCUUUUAAUUUUUUUUUUUUUCCUCCCCGUUUUCUUCGUUCUCCAGGUGCCUGUUUGGUCCAUGCGGUCAUUGAGAAGAAUGGUGUCCAACACCCCACCCAUCCAAUCUUUAGCGGGGUUUUCAGGGAACUGUCAGGGCCAGUACCAUCCCUCCACCCCAAAUUCCUGGGAACAUCUGUGAAGAGUAGGAGGACAAAACAAGAUUUCAACUUGCAACACCCUAAAUUAUUUUUUUAAUGGACUAUUUUUUUUUUUUUUAAUCAAGCAUGAAGGGUGGGGUUGGGCCUUGGUUCAAGACGUUCCCUGAAGGGAGGGUAUAGGGACCUACUACAUGAGUUGAUAACAUGCAUAGCGGGUUGGUUAGUGGGUCGGGAGGCGGGAGCGGGGGCGGGAGGAUUAGAAUACAGAGCGGGAGGGAGGUUGGGAAUCCAUAGAUGCAUCAAGAGGUUUGGCUGAUAAUCUGCCGUGAAGAUGAGGCAGGAGCCAAAAUACCAUAUCACAUCAGGAUAGGAAAGCUGGCCAUUAUCAUUGCAGGUCUGUGGUGCAGCUGGAGGGAAGGGGAACCUUUUUCUUGGUAAUGAAUUGGGCUGGAAGAGGGAGGUUACUUUCUGAAGUUAAUCGCAUAUAUGAAACAAGUCUUAAUCUGCUGCCCCAUUCCAGUUUUUAAAAGAUUUAGGACACUGACACAUGGUCCACCAGCAUUCAGUCCAUUGUGGUGGAUAUUUGUCUUAAUUUCUGUCUAGCAUCAAGGGUUUCACUAUCCACUGAUGGAAGCAGUUUUAGAAACGGGUAUUUUUAUUUAUUUUUUUAAAAUUUUUCUUCUUCAGUCAUCAGCAUCAGAACACCACCUCUGUGUCGCAAGUUUACGGUACUAGCAUGAAGGAUUUUAUGUAUGCACCAUUUAGUGCUCCACUUCUUCCUGUACUUUCUGCAUUCCGCAGUGGCUGCAAGUAAACCAUACUUGCAUGAAGGUGGAGAGUGUAGCAGAGACGAUCUUCGCAGGACUAUUUACCUACACCUUGAGUGUGCCCGCUUUCACCUGAACUCCUGCUAUUUUAAUCCAUAUGGUGUCCAGUGCCAAGAGAGGCAGAAGCCUGCCCCUUUGUAGAUACCUGCAUGGAACAUGUGUUUACAGACACUGAUGUGUCUAAAUGAUGCCCUGUAACAAAAAAAGCUUACCUCUCUUUAUAUACUAACACUAUGACAACUUAAUCAGGACAAUUUUUUUUUUAUUUUUUUUUUUAUUUAAUAUGAUUUUUAGAUUUUAUGUUUGAACCCUCAGUGAGGUGUAAAUGUAAGAUAACGUUCACCAUCACUCCAAUAACUGCUUUCAAUUGUGGGACCUGCACCCUACAGACUAUGUUAUGCAUUAUAGGUCCCACAGGUGGGAAACGAAAACACGCAUAGCACUAGAAAUUAGGAAACCAGUGGGGUCUGUUCAAACAUUCCAGGUUUCUAUUCUCCCCAUAAAGUAAUAUAUGGAUUUUUUUUUUUUUAGAGAAUCUUUAGGAAUUCCAGGACACCAUAAAACGUAGCCGGUGAUUAUUGAUUCAUAGACUGGGACCUAGCUAAAAUUUGGGGGAGAAGGGUUACAAUGGGUUAGGCUUGUUAAGUAAGUUAGAGGGGCAUAGUGGAUGCAGCAGGGAAGUGAAGUGAAUAACUUGUACUUUGACUCACAUCAACCAAAUGUGUUUUGGUACUGAGGGGACUAUUUUGACUCAUCAAGAUCCGGAGGAUGAGAAAGCUAGAUGUUAUAACCUCUCUGGAGAGGGCACAAUGAUAUGUGCAGGGUGCGAUGAGGUGGUGCCCAUUCUUUACCACCUUCCCUCCCUGUUUUGUACAGUAGGGCACACCACUAGGCUCCAGUUGAAUUCUGGGUCUGUAUAUUGGUAUUUGUGAUGUAAUGUUUCCUAUGGUAAAACUGCAGUGUACUUAGUGUAAAGCUGUCUGCUUGCACCUUUGCUCAGAUGAGAAUUAUAUUCUCAUUUUAUGUAUAUUUUUUUUUUGUUCGUUUAUUUUUUUUGUUAACUAAAAUGCAGUUUUUUUGUGAUUCUAAAAUGUUUUAUGUGUAUUGUUUUUAUUUGUAAAGGGAACAAAAGGCAGCUCCAUCUGGCCCUCUUGAGUACAGCACAACCAAAUAGCUCCUUUUUCCCCGGAAUUUGUUAAAUGUUUUAUUAUAGGGCAAUAUCUCACGUCCUACCGAUUUUAAAACCAGCAUAAGAAUUUCAUAUAUCUUGUGGGACUGCUUCUGAAAAUGAAUCCAAAGUUUCAUUACAUGCAGAGUUAGUUGCUCAUUACACUAUUGUAAUUUUGAGGGCCUGUCUCUUUAUCUCCUGGUUUCUUAAACACUUUUACAAUAUGUCCCAAUAUUCAAAAAGAGGGAAUUGAGCUGCCAGUCGGCAAACCUGGACAUUUACAACAGACAGAUUGCUACUAUAUAUGCAAAGAUUUUAAACUGUGACAUCAUUUAAAGAAACCUAGGAGGGCUAUACAUAAGAAUCAAGAAUUGAGAAUAAAAUUGUUAAGGUUAAGCCAGAAUUACCCAUCUGGAAAAUAGUGAUAAAGAAUUUUCCAAUUAAGGCUUAUUUAUUUACAAUUUGCAGGCGAUGAGUCCGCUUUAAAAUAUUCUUUAAACAUGUCUGCUAGUUGGCUUAUUAAAAUAGAAAAGGUUGAUAUCGAACUCACCGAUUAAGAUACAAACCGCCAGUCGGGGAGCUACACUACUGAUGGAAAAAGUCUUCUAAGCACAAAUUGCAGUUGAUAUAGAGGACUACUUGGUCACAGUUUCCUGAUGGCUAUAAUGGGGUUUUGUAAACAAUAAUGUAUUUUCUUUGCUCCUCUUUGUCCCAAGUAAUGCUACUAAAAUUGCAUAAAAUAGAUCACUGUGUUAGCUGAAUAAUACACCAGUUGAAACUGGCAGUUUGGUGGAUAAUGUUGCUGCUGCAGGAAACGGAGGUUAUUGAAAACCAUUUAAUAUAUCAUCGUUUUUGUUUACCUAUACAAGGCUUUGUGGCCAUGUAUAAAGAAAAAUAUUGUAGCCUACAAUUUGGAAUUCCUUUUCGAUGUUUUAAAAGCAGCGCCACCACAAUCGUUUAGAAAUAUCUUCUAAUUUUGUCUGACUGCCACUUGUUUGUUUUUGUCUAUAUCGGAACUCCUAAUGGUAAUGUUCUUGUGUGCUUCUGUCCCUUGAUGGAAUGCAAGAUUAAUGUGAUUUAUUCACUAAUCUGCAAAUUGUAAAUUUUACGUUAAAAUAGUCAGCCUGUGACUAUAUCUCUGUUGGAAAGUUUUCCAAAUUAAUUGUAUUUGCCUACAUUCACUUUUCUAUUUCCUUCAAUUUGCCAUUAAAAUCCUAUGCUGC